GGAACAAACUGAAGAUAGCGAUUAGUACGACAGUCCGAUCUGCCGAGGCUGACUCAGUCAGACACAACCCGUGAAUCGUGCUAGCACAUUGUCCGGUGAUUGCUUAGAACCUGUAAUUGAGGGAAUCACCGCGCGGUGCUAAACAAAAGAACUUCCGGAAUGAAGGCCCCGAUAAAAGACGGCGUCAUCUCUUCCCUCUUUCCGGCCUGCGAAAUACCGUGCUGCUCCUUCUACGAUCUGGCCAAGGAACAGCUUCGAGCCUUCCCCGAUAACAUUGUCCUGGCCGACCGCACUGUGUCUCUUACCGGCCCUCAGGUGUUGGCGCGGAUGCAGCGCUACGCGGCGGGCUUCCAGGCCAACGGCGUCCUGGCUGGCCACCGAGUGUGCGUCCACCUGAAGAACAGCGUGGAAAACUUUCUCGCCAUGUUCGGCUGCGUUCUUGCUGGGGCGACCGUCAUCUUGGCCAAAAUAUCGCUCACAGAAAGAGAGCUUCACUACCAAAUGAGCGACGGUGAUGCGACUCAUGUUGUGACAGAUUCUACAUUUGCUAACAAGGUCCUCAACGCAGCAAAGGUCCUCCAGCUGAAGGGCAUGUUUGUGAUGGGCGAAGCUCCUGGAUUUAUUUCGGCGUCCACUUUUUCUGAACUUGACGAGAAAAGCUACAAGGAGGUCCCGAUAGAAGAUCCUCGAAGCAGCGUCCUUGCCCUGACCUACACUUCUGGCACGACGGGACUUCCCAAGGGAGUUGAGAUCACGCAUUACAACAUUGUGGGCGCAUUUUACACUCUAAGGUCGAUUUUCGGUAGCCGAUCCGAUGACGUCAUGCUGGCAUGGAACCCUAUCACUCACUCGUCAGGCUUGCACACCGUGACCUCCGUCCUCAUGGGCUGCGUGAACGUCAUCGCCUCCCCUUCCAUGAGCUUUGAAGAUUUUGUAAGCACCAUCAGCAGUUUCAAGGUGACUGGGUUGACUUUCUUCCCGUCCCGCCUGCAAAUCAUCGUGAACGAGAUGCUGCGCUCAGGGACCCGCCUGCCAACCGUGACGAGCGUCGCUGUCGCUGGUGGAGUGCUCACGGAGACUCUCGCUCAGCUCACAGUUGCAGCUUUCCACAACAUCAAGUCGUUGAAGAACAUCUACGGGAUGAGCGAGUGCUGCGGCUGCGUGUGCGUGUCCCCUGUGCCAGGCAUUAGCUACGCUGACGUAGGAGUUCCCGGUCCUACUGUCGAAAUCAAAAUUUUGGACGUCACUACCAGCCGGAACUUGGGACCAGACGAGGUAGGCGAGCUGUGCUUUAGGUCUCCUCUAGCCAGUCGAGGGUACUACAAGAAGCCCGAAGCGACUGCCCAGUUCAAGGACGAGGACGACUGGUGUCACUCCGGUGACCUCGCUUACUACGAUGACAAGGGGCGAAUCUACUUCGUGGAACGCGUGAAGGAGAUGAUCAAGUGCAAGGAUAACCAAGUGGUUCCUGCGGAGCUGGAGGGGCUUCUCCUGGCUCGGCACGACGGCAUCGCAGAGGCCUGCGUGGUCGGCCUGCCUCACGCCGAGUGGGGCCAGGUCCCCGCCGCCUUCGUCGUCCUCAAGGACAGCCACGCAGCUCCGGGGAAAGUCACGGAGCAGGACAUCAAGGACAUCAUUGCAGGAUCCUGUGCUGAGCACAAGCACCUGCGAGGUGGCGUCUUUUUCGUCGAGUCGCUGCCGAAGACAGAAACCGGGAAAGUCCAGAGAAAGGCGCUCGUCGAGAAAGCGGGACGCUGAGCGUGGGACCGUACGCUUUACAAAAACUUCAAAAGAUAGUCUAUUGCAAUAUGCUUAAAUGUUGCCGCCAUUUCAAACUCUUCCUGUUAUGCUUAGUGCUAUUCUACUCCCACAUAUAAUCAUAUUUUGUACCGCCUGACUGGGUACACUUUAUCACAUGCUAAUCAAUAAACUCAAUUAAAGUAGAACCUUA